ACACAGGCUCACUCAGUACCUCUCACACUGUUACCAGACCCACACGUUAACCCUGAACCUCUCCUACCCUAACCUAAUUCACUCAACUUCAAACUCAAAAUCCUCUGAACUGAAACCACUUACACCAAAACCAAGACCACCGAAACCAAGAAGAAACCUUUAGCUCUCAAUCCCACCCUCUGAAACCCUUAGAGAACGCGUGGGUAUCGAAAUAAAAGGGAAAAUAAGAGACGAGGUAGAAUGCGCGUAUUACUGGAUUUUCAGGCGAGUCCAGCAAGCGAAAGGUUCACGAGACCGAUGCCUUCAAGAUGACCGAGACCAGCUUCUUCACAAUGCCUCGGGGUCGCCGGCUGCCCGAGGUCCCGAUCAACAACAACAACAAUAACAACAACAACAACAACAACAACCUGAAGAAUGGUCACGUGACGAAUGGGAUCACCUCCUCCUCCUCCACCUCCUCCUCCUCCCACCUGUUCAAAUCUCCACCUGUUAUCAAUGGAGGUGGAGGUGGUGGUGGUGGUGGUACAGGUAUCCGCUCCAUCCACGACGGCUUCGCGACCAUCCGUGCGGGGGGCGGCAAGAGGGGGCGGUCCAUCAGCUCCCCCGCGGUAUCCCAGGACCCCCCCGCUCCCCCUGGAUGCUCCCACGGGUGCUGCGGGCCUGGCGGGGGCGGCGGGGGGAGGGGGUGGCGGAUGGAGCCCCUGUGGGAGGAGAAAGGGGAUGCCGCGCCCCCCGCCGUGCCGCGCCGUGACCGCCCGCAGCUGCCCUGGUGGGAGCUGGCCACGAGGCGCUCACGGUAUAGGUCAUGCCCGGCGUUCUCGCAGGCCAGUGUGGUCUCGGCGCUGGAGCAGACCAUGAACAGCGUCACCAACAGGCUGGAGCGACUCGCCUCAUCGCCUGACCUCAAGGAGACGGAGGCCGCUGAGAUCAGGAGAACGGCAGCAGUGUUGAGGCAGCAGAGUUCAGCAGUGUGCCAGUCAGUCAGUUCAGGUUACAUCAGCAUGGAGCGCCAACUCUCCUGCGACAGUGUGUCCAGCGUCACCUCAACAGUCAGUGGCACCUCCCUCACCUCCUAUGCAUCCCUCAACACCCCCUCCCUCGCUGCCGCCGCCGCCGCCACACUCAUGCCUCAUAAACUCAUGCCUCAGGACGCCCUUAACACGCCAGGCCAGGCCGCUAAGCUUAAAAAACGGAGCUGGUUACGCAGCUCCUUCCGCCGCGCCUUCAGUCGAAACGGACGGAAGCUGACCCCCAAGCAAACGGAAGGUCACGCCGAGGUCAACUCACACCCCGGAGGUCAACUUGCCGAUCUCCCCCUCCAUCACACCACCAAUAUGGCCGUCCGUCACCUCCCCGCACCUCCAAUUCAUCACCACCAACACCAGCACCUCCUUCACCACCAUAUCCUUCCUCCGCCCAAUACCAAAACCUCCCAGCAUCCCUUCACCUCCUCCUCCUCCUCCUCCUCCUCCUCCUUGACGCUGCCCAGGAAGUUUCACUCGCCCAGUCUGUUUGUGCGCCGUUUGAGCUCCCAGCAGAACAAACAGAACGCCGUGGAGAACCAGGAAGAGGAGCUCAGGAGGUUACGAGAGGAGCUGGAGGAGAAGGAGCGGGCUCUUACGGACUGUCGACUCGAGGCGCUGUCAGCCCAACACCAGAUCCAGGCACAGGCGGACACCAUAGCCAGGUUACAGGUAGAGUCUCAAGGCUUACGAGAGGAAAACUUGCGACUCCUAGGGCUGUUGAAAGGGCCGCAGGGGGGGACACCCGAGCACCCGCACCUCCCCCCCCUCACGCACACCCUUGCAGCCCUCUCCCUCUCCUCCGCCUCCUCCUCCUCCUCCUCUCCGCUAUCGAGGACGAACUCAACACCACACAGCGACGGACACCAAAUGAAAGUCGUGGUGGUGAUGACCCAGGGCCCCACCACCUCCACCUCCACCACCACCUCCACCUCACCACCACCCGCCUCCACCUCCUCCACCACCCACAUCGGGAACAUCACCGUGGGCCCCAAAACCACUUGGGAGCAGCUCGAUACGAUGGUGGUUAAUUCGCUGAAGGCCUACGGCAACUCCAUCGACCCGGUCUCCGCGUUGGGUCUCGACGCCUCCGCCCUCGACAGCUAUCAGGUGGAGGAGGUCGUUAGCGGUCCACACCUGCCCAGACCCGAACUGCUCCCUUAUGGCUACUGUGUGGGGGAUGUGGAUGCCGUCAUGGUGUGGUUGAAGGACGCAGGACACAAGAAAGACGGAGAGGCUGUCGGCAAUGUGUCCUCGGCCGCCCUCGCCUCCCUCACCCCCGCCCCCGCCCUCAGACAGCUGGCAACCCUCCUCGUCGAGCACCGCCGCCUCGUCCUGGCCGGGCCGCCCUCGGUUGGCAAGACGACGCUCGCUCGCACGCUGGCGGAGUUCUAUGUGGUCAACUCAGGACGGGAGAUUGACGAGAAUGCGGUUAAAGUCUUCAGAGUGACGGGAACAAACAGCCUCGAUUUGUGUCAUCUCCUCGCUAACACCUGGCCGAGAGGAGCCGCUUCUUCCACCUCCUCCACCCUCCACCUCUCCUCCUCCUCCUCCUCUUCCUUACCUCCCCCCUCCUCCUCCUCCGCCUCCUCUUUCUCCUCCCCUCCUCUCGUUCUGGUGCUAGACGAUUUACACGCUGCUGGUGGAGCGGUGGAGACCCUGAAGCGUUACCUGCCCGCCACGCUCCACUCCGGCCCGGCCAUCAUUGCCACAUGCUGUCCCACCGCCGCCCUCUCCACGCGCCUCCACAUUCACUGCAAUUUCAAGUGGGCGAGCCUAAACCCCCAACAGGAACCCGUGCGUGGCCUCCUCGGGCGCGUUCUCCGUCAUCGCGUGGCCGCAGCGGAGGCGGCCGGCAACACCCAGCUACCUGACGCCCACCACCUGGCUGAAUGGCUAACAAGACUAUGGCUACACCUCAACACCUUGCUAUCGGGUCACUGCGGGGCGUCGGACGUCACCCUCGGACCCGGGUUGCUUCUCGACUGUCCGCUCGGCCAGGAGGAGACGCAGGCAUGGUUUUUGGACGUGUGGAAUGCCAGGGUUGUUCCGCAUAUGUUGGGUGCCAUGCGGGGGGCGGCUCCACAUCCUCCCAGCCUGGCGCAGUCCUGGACCGAUCCGCUCGACUGGGUUCUGGCGACGUACCCGUGGCCGAACAGUGUGGCGAGCGGACCGGACCAUUUGACGAGAAUCCCGGCCUCGGACAUCUUGAAAUAGCCAACAACAACAACAACAGCAACAGCAACAAGAGUGGAUGACCUGUUAUGACCUAUCUUGACCUUGACCUAACUUAACCUACCUUAACUUAACCUGACCUUCCUUCCUUUCUUUCUUUCUUUCUUUCUUUCUUUCUUUCUUUCCCUUCUUCCUCUUCCUUCCUUCCUUCCUUCCUCCUUCUUUUCUUUCCUUCCUUUCUUUCUUUCUUUCUUCCUUUCCCUCCUUCCACUCUUUUCCUUCCUUCCUUCCUUCCUUCCUUUCCUCCCUCCUUCCUUCCUUCCUUCCUCCUUAUUUUCCUUCCUUCCCUCCUUCCUUCCUUCCUUUCUUCCUUCCUUCCUCUCCGCUCUUCCUUCCCUCCUUUCUUCCUUCCUUCUUUCCUUCCUCCCUUCCUUCCUUCCUUCCUUCCCAGCUUCCUUCCUUCCUCCCUUCCUUCCUUCCCUUCUUCCAUUCUUUCCCUCCUUCCCUCCUUCUCCUCCUUCCUUCAGAGAGAGAGAGAGAGAGAGAGAGAGAGAGAGAGAGAGAGAGAGCAACAUCUGUCACCACUGCCACAUAUAUAAAUAUUGUCCGCUGUCUGUCUGUCUGUCUGUUUGUGAGUGCGUUUGUGUGUUUUGCGUCCAUGAUGAGGCCGCUGUUGACAUAGAGUACAAAAUGGUGUGUGUGCGUGUGUGUGUGUGUGUGUGUGUGUGUGUGUGUGUGUGUGUGUGUGUGUGUCUUGCCCCCAUGGAAGAAAUAUCAGUUGGAAAGUGUUUACAGUGGUGCCAAUCUUGCCUAGGUUAACAGGGGGGUGGAGAGGAGGAGGAGGAGGAGGAGGAGGAG